AUGGCGAACCUCAGGCGAGAUGCUGCCUUUGCUGGCGCCUUCGUGGCUCUGCUUGUAUUACUAUUGCUAUUGACUAUCGCCCCGGAUAAUCAUCGGCAGCCGCUCAGCGUCAAUACUCGACCUCAUUGGGAAGAUAGGGCUGCCCCGUUGGACUCAAAUGAUGAUGGCUUGUUUCUGCUGGGAGCCGGGAAAGCGGACAUCACCGGGCCCGUAGUCGAGGUAGGGUUCGGUGGCUACGCCAUGCUGGAUCAGAUCGGGACCGGUCUACGACAGAGGAUCUUUUCUCGGGCGUUUAUCUUCGCCAACCCGGAGAAACCCGAGGAUACUUUCAUCUACUUGAUUAUUGACUCCCUAACGGGCGACACGGCGAUCCGCCAUGGGGUCCUCGAGGGCCUGGCCAGCUUGGGAGGUGAUUAUGCGCGCUAUGGCGAGAGCAAUGUGGCCCUCACUGGCACGCACUCGCACUCUGGGCCCGGGGCCUGGAUGAACUACCUCUUACCGCAGAUUCCCAAUAAAGGCUUCGAUAAGCAAAGCUACCAAGCCAUCGUGGAUGGGGUCCUGCUAUCCAUCAAGCGGGCCCAUGAGAGCCUGGCCCCAGGGCGUCUUCGCUUCGGCUCCAUCGACAUCGAGGGCGCCAACGUUAACCGGAGUCCAUACUCGUACGACCACAACCCUGAAGAGGAGAAGGCCAAAUACUCCGCCAACGUCGACAAGACGAUGACACUGCUGCGGUUUGACCGGGAGUCGGACCACAAGACGACCGCCGUCCUGUCAUUCUUCCCCGUCCACGGCACGUCCAUGUACAACAAUAAUACCCUGGUGACGGGGGACAACAAGGGAGUCGCCGCCUGGCUCUUUGAACGAAGUGUCCGGGGGGAUGACAAGUUCGCCGAUGACUUUGUCGCCGGGUUUUCGCAAUCGAACGUGGGUGACACCUCCCCCAACACCUUGGGCGCCUGGUGCGAAGAUGGUUCGGGGCAGGAAUGCCGCUACUCCGACAGCACCUGUGGAGGCACGAUGGAGAAGUGCCGCGGCCGCGGGCCCUAUUUCCGCGAGAAAGAUGACGGCGCCAAAAGCUGCUUCGAUAUUGGCCGACGUCAGUACGAUGCGGCGCGUAAGCUGUACAAUGAAUUAGAGUCCCAGUCGGUUCACGUGAGCCCCAGCUCCGACGUCCGUUCGUUCCACCUGUAUCAGGAUAUGUCCGGCUACACGUUUGUGUCGCCGUUCAACGCCCGCGAGGUGUCGACCUGUUCGGCGGCCCUGGGGUUCUCGUUCGCUGGUGGCACCACCGACGGACCCGGCAUGUUUGACUUCACUCAAAACGGCACGGGGCCGGCCGACAAGAAUCCUCUGUGGUACGUGGCGCGCGCCUUCAUCCAUGAGCCGUCGCGGGCCCAGAAAGAAUGCCAGGCCCCCAAAGAAGUCCUCCUCGACGUGGGCGCUCUUCAUCUGCCGUACACGUGGGACCCGAAUAUUUUAGAUAUCCAGGUCCUUCGCGUGGGCCAACUGUUCAUCAUCAUCUCGACGAGCGAGGCGACCACCAUGUCCGGACGGCGCUGGAAGGAGGCAAUUGCGAAAUCCGCCCGGGACGUGCUGUCGGUCCGGGACCCGCUGGUCGUCUUGGGAGCGCCGUCGAACAGCUACGCGCACUACGUGGCGACCGAGGAGGAGUACCAGGUGCAGCGCUACGAAGGAGCGUCGACCCUCUAUGGACCCCAUACGCUGGCGGCCUAUGUCAAUCUCACCCUCACGUAUCUCCCACAUCUCGGGAGUGAUACGGCCGCCGCACCAUCGAUCCCUUCCGGUAUCCAGCCUCCGAUCAACACCGACAAAUCACUCACGUUCAUCCCGUCCGUCGUGUACGAUGGUCAUCCGAUCAACCAGCCGUUCGGAGCUGUCGUUUCGUCAGCGGAUGAUGCCACCUAUGGCCCUGGCGACGUGGUGAACACCACAUUUGUCGGGGCGAAUCCUCGGAACAAUCUCCGUCUGGAGUCGACGUUUGCCGCCGUCGAACGCCAGAGUUCGGAUGGCAAGAGCUGGGAGGUCGUGCGGAAUGACCACGACUGGAACCUGGUCUACCGCUGGAAGAGAACCAACCUGAUUCUGGGACACAGCGAGGUCACGAUCCAGUGGCACAUCGAGGAUGAUUUCUACAAUGUAGGGAACGCACAGCCGCUCGAGGACGGCACCUAUCGCCUGCAUUACUAUGGAGAUGCCAAGCAUGUCGAUGGGAAGUUUCAGUCCUUUGAAGGGAUCGGCCAUCCAUUCCGAGUUGCUAGAAAGUGA